AGUUGCACAUGGUUUCUGUCAGAGGAGGUUCACUUUCCUCAGGCUCUAGAUGGCAGAGGGAUGAUGCCAGGAAGCUGCAGGCAAAAACAUGUUUAAAACUUUAGGGGAGCUUUGACGACUUUCCUUUUGCUUUAAUAGACUUGCAAGUAUAUUUCCCAUAAUCUAAAAAUCAGACAGUUUUGCACUUGCACAGGUUGUCGGUAUGGAGUAACAUUCAAUGUGCCUGAGUCCUGAAACAUUUGUCGCUCACCAAUUUUCAAAUCUGUGGAAAUAAGACACUGUGGGACUUCUUUCACUGGAAAACUGGAAAGUGAGUUCAAUGGCAACUUGCUGACUAUUUUCAUUGUUACUGGACACUUGCUUUGUGGAGGAAAGAAAAAGGUGAAGAGGACUGCAAUAUCAUCAAUUUGAAGAUCAGCAAAACAGACGAGGAUCCUUCAGCGAGGAAUCAUGAAAGACAACUACGGUGGAUACGAGAACCAGCUAUUCAAAGAGGAGGAUUUCAGUGGAGAAGAGGAAGUGCCUUCAUUUAGAGGUCGCAGCAGAGGCGGAUGCAUGCGGUGCCAGCAGAGUCAGUCUCUCCAGCUGGCUGUCAAAGUCCUCUAUGGCUUUGUUGCCUUCCUCGUCAUUACUGUGGCAGUGCUGGCAUCACUUGUGUUCAGAAGGGUUGAAAGUCUGUCUGAGGAGGAGUCCACUUAUCACAAGAAGAUCUCCAGGGUUCAGCAGGGAAUAGAUGAUCUGAGCUCCACCUCUAACUGUUCAGGCUGUCUGGAUGUGACUCUGUACAGCAAGGAGAUCAGCAGGCUGAAGAGAGAGUUUGAAGACAUCCAGAGAAUGUUACUGGGACAGGAGCAGGUCCUGGACCAGGUCUCCCAGUCCCAGGCCACAGUGAAGGCCACCAGUACCCGUUUGGCACGCGACAUGCAAAACCACCUCAUGUCAAUCAAACUUCUCAACCAGUCGCUGGAGAGGUACCUGGAUCGAGUGGACGGCUGGAAGGACGUGAUUGAGGAAACUGAAGAGAAAAUGAAGACUCUGACGGAGGAUCAGUAUCGCAUCAAAGCUACGGCACAGCAAGUGAACAUGACGGUGGCACUCAGUACCAUGUGGAUAGAUGCUUUGCAGAGAAAAGCAGAUGAGGAGACUCUGGUCCUCCAGAAGUUGACCAGCGACUGGCAAAACUACAGCCGAGUUCUGAGUGCCAUCAAAAGCAACGUGAGCAGCACAACCCAAAACAUGCGUUUCCUUCAAAACAACAUUGUGGCAGAUCACCAGAGAAUCGCCAUGUCCAACGAGGUGUACUACGACCUCACCCAACAGGUGAUGAACCUGCAAAUGCAGCUUGACAAUGUGACAUCUUUCAUGGAUGAACAUGAGGAGAAUAUGCAUGACCUUCACUACCAUUCCAGGUACUAUGAGAACCGGACAGGUGAGCGUUUCUCUGCACUGGAUGGUCGUCUGAACUCCAUCUCCAUGGAGAUUGAUACAAUCUCCUCCAGCAUCAACGCCACCGUUAGCCACGUCCAGAGCAUGUACAAGUACAUCAACAUCGAGAGCUCGUCCUGCCAGAGCCGCAUGGGCAGACACACAGAAGAUCUACAGAACCUCAACAACACAGUUUUGUUACUCCUCCAUUUGGCCGACACACUCAGACAACAAAACAUGUUGCUGAAUGUGCGACUGGGUAUGGAUGUCAGGAACCUGUCCAUGGUGAUGGAGGAGAUGAAGCUUGUGGAUGUUCAUCAUACCCAGCUCAUAAAGAACUUCACUAUAGUAAAAGGUGCUCCAGGACCACCAGGGCCCAAAGGGAACCGUGGUGAGACCGGCUCAAAAGGACCUGUGGGACUGACUGGGAAAAAAGGUGAUAGAGGCCUUGCAGGAAUCCAAGGAUUGGCCGGAGAGAAGGGCUCAGUUGGGCUUAAAGGGGAACCAGGUCUAACAGGCCCCAAAGGCAACAAAGGGCCAUUAGGACUCAAAGGAGCCAAAGGGUCUUUUGGUUCUCCUGGGCCGAGUGGUGAGAAGGGCCAGAAAGGUGACAUGGGCAUCUCUGGAACGGAAGGUGUCUCUGGACCUGCCGGGCCUCCAGGGAUCCAGGGUCAGUCAGGACUACCAGGCAUCAUUGGGCCACCAGGACCAAGGGGAAAACCAGGGCCACAAGGACCACCUGGACCACCAGGAACCCCUGGACCACCAGGCUUCUCGUACCCCCAUGACCGAAUCAACACUCAGCAGCGGACCGUGACACCCGCUACUGGAUCCAAGAGACAGUAGAAAAAGGAACGAAGACAUUGACUCAGAGGUGAUUUGUCUGAAAGGAACUGAAGGGAUCUCAUCCAUUGUGACUGAAGAUGCAAUAAUCCAUUUCUAUGGGAUUAUGCAAGACAAAUGCAACAAGUCUAUUUCGAGAUGGGGCUCAAAGGAGGCAUUCCCCUGACAAUACAACAUGGCCACAUGAAAUGAACCAAGAGGAAGGUGUAAAAAAUACAAAACUCUGUGUACUCUGAGUAAUGAGACAGAACAGUACCUGAGGCCAAAAAUGAAAUGUGUUUGGACAGACCUGGACUUUUGUAUGGAGAUAUGUUGAAGAAAACUGCCUCUAUGCAACACAUGGGUCUCAGAGCUACUUCUAAUGAGCAGCACCAAAGCAAAAGAAUACCCAAAUCAAGCAACGAAUGACACAGUCUAAGAUUUUACCAGAAUUUAAAACUUGUCUUAGAUCAAGAGGUUAUUAAGAAUACAAAAAAUGCAUCUUUUAGUGAAUAUUAAGUCUUGCCUUGUUGAAUGCACUAAAAUUAAAGAAUAUGUUUGAGGUUGUUGUCAAGCCACCAAAACCUCAUGGGGCAUAAUAAAUAGGAGGGCUUUUAACCACAGAUUUGGACUGCAGCAGCGGUGUUUUCCCAUUUCCCACUACUCAAGGGUUUACAUUCUCAUGCAUUCCUACAACCUCGAUUUCAAAAUAGUUGAGAGGCUGUGUAAAACCUAAUGAAAACAGAAUGCAAUGAUUUGCAAAUCCUUUAUGACCUACAAAGAUAAUAUAUUUAAUAUUCAAACUCAUUAGUGCUAUUGGUUUUUUUUUAGCAAUUAUAUACACUCAUUCUGAAUUUGAUGCCUGCAACACAUUUUGAACUAGUUGGGACAGAAGCAACAUAAAAAAGGAGAAAGCUGUGGAACGCUAAAAAAAACAUCUGUUUGGAACAAUUACAAGGAAUUUAGGGGUUCCACUGGCUACGAUUCAUAAUAUCAUUAAAACAUUCAGAGAAUCCAGAGAAAUCUCUGCAUGUAAGGGGUAAGGCCAAAAACCAAGAUCCCUCACAUGACUAUAUAAAGGGUACCACAUGGGCUCAGGAACACGACAGAUACAACAGUGUGACUUUGCAGUAGAGGAGCAUGGGUACUUGACUGUCUGCCAUUGAAAAUGUGAGGAGCAUUAUGAGGUCCAAAGAGAUCUACGAGAUCAGAGACACAAGACCAUUUGGUGUAUAUGAAGCAAGAAUAGGAAAAUAUUUCACUUUCAAAACUUCAACAAUUAAUGUCUUCAGUUUCCACACAUUGAGUGUUGUUAAAAGGUGACAUAACAAAUGGUGCCAUUGCCUUAACUUUUUUGGAAUGUGUUGCUUAAUUUAAAUUCAGAUCAAGUGUAUAUAAUAUUCACAAUAAAGGUUACCUUUUGAAUUUAAA